AUGUCCACAGCAGCCGUCGGGCCCGCGCCUCUCAUGUCGGACCCACCAGUGUCGGGGAAUGCGCCGGCGGGAAAGACGGGGCUAGAGAGUGUGAUGACGGCGGCAGAAGGGCGGGGAUGUUUAACGGCGGAUAGUUUUAUGGUGCCACGUGGCGACCUCGAGCUCACCGACCAUCAAAAGGAGCUCGUCGCCGAGGCGCGCGAGUUAAUCUCCAAGGGCGGCAUUUCGACAAAUGACGUGGACGACCGCACCGUCAUGCGCUUCCUCGUCGCGCGCGCGCUAACCCCCGCCAAGGCUGCGCCCCUGUACGUCGCGCACCGCAAGUGGCGCGCCGCGUACAUCCCGGAGGGCAGCCCGACGGUCCCGAUGUGCAGAAUUCGCACGCAAGCCGCGAGCGACAUCAUGUGCCUGCAGACGCUGCCCGGCCACGCGUCGUGGCUGCUCAUUCGCCCGCGCUUCCACGACCCCAACACGCGCGAUCUUGAUGAAUUCGUCCGUCUCAUAGUAUACGGCAUGGACGCGGCUCUUGGCAGCUCGCGCGCGGCGGGCUUCCACAAGUGCGGGGUGAUCAUAGACAUGGAGGGCCUGGCGUAUCGCAACCUGGACACGCGCGGAGUGAUUGCCGCUAUCGCCGUGCUGCAGAACCAGUACCCGGAGCGACUCAUCUGUCUCUUCCUCAUCCACGUGCCCACCGUCUUCUGGACGCUCUGGAAGCUCGUGUCGCCCUUCAUCGACCCCAUCACCAAGAAGAAGGUGCGCUGCGCUCUCACAUGCCUGCACAUGCCUGUCUGUCUGCCUGCAUGUGCUCGCCGAGACAGGGGGUCGCUAGCAGCAGAUGCUGUUGCUAGGUUCUCCCUGGACAGGGGCAUAUACAGGGGCUUGAAGCUCGUGUCGCCCUUCAUCGACCCCAUCACCAAGAAGAAGGUGCGCUGCGCUCUCACAUGCCUGCAUGCGCUCGCUGCGACAGGGGUUCGCUAG